AUGAGCAUUGACUACAAUCGUUGGUGGAAAAUCACAAAUGGAAAGUUCUACGAAGAAGUGGAUGGGAAAACGUUAGAAAUCACUGGCGAGUUCCUGCUUUGCCCCGGCACUACGACUGAGCUCAAUUCUUUCGAUCUGAGCGACCUGUCCGUCCGUCAGAUCGUCGAUCGGAUUCUGGAGCAGCAGGGCUCCUGGAGCAUAGUUUAUUUCAACGCUAAGCUCGGAAAAGUGUUUAUCGGAAGAGACGUUUUCGGGCGACAAUCGCUUGUUCUCAAUGUCGAACUCAUGAUAUUCGGAUGUCGUACGAAGCCAGGAACAACUGGGAAAUGGGUUGAAGUGCCAUUUGGGCAAGUUACGAUACUGGAUCUAGAGUCGAAAGCGCCCGAAAUUUACUCAUAUUUGGAAGAGUAUCCAGAGGUAAGCACGACCAAGAAAAACUAAAAAACGUCAAACUUUAAAGGGUACCAUGGAUGAGUACUUCUGCGACCGUAAUCCAAUUCGAGUUCUCGUUGACAAAAAGGCAUCGCUUCUGAACGUCAGCAGACAAACAAGAGGAGAACCGAACACUUCAAACGCUCAAAAGCUCUUCGAGCACACAAUUGAAGCGACAAAGGUGCUUCUGAGAAACUGUAAACAGUUAGAGAUGGUUUGACUAAACAAGAGUGUGCCAAUUUCAGAUAAAGAAAGCCACGUGGCUGUUUGUCUAUCCGGUGGUGUCGAUUCGACCUUCAUCGCUCACGUAACACAUGCCAGCGUCUCCAAAAAAAUGGCCAUCGACCUGGUGAAUGUGGCAUUUGGAAAUAGUGAGAAGGAAUUUGAGCAAGCUCCGGACAGAAGUCGUGCUAAAAAGGCACUCGAAUCUCUCCGUGUCGCUUAUCCUGAUCGUCAUUUCCGGCUCAUUCUCGUCAAUGUCGACAGCAAAACACUCGAAUCACAUCGUCUCUCUGCUGUUGCUCCUGCUGCGCAUCCUGCCAGUUCGGUCCUCGAUGACUCUCUGGCUUGCGUGCUUUGGUUUGCCGUUCGAGCCGACGGAGUUGACAGUGAUGACGGGGAAUCGGUGAAAUCACCGGCCACGACGUGUCUAUUGGGCUCGGGAGCAGACGAGUUGCUCGCAGGAUACGCAAGGCACCGAACGAGAUUCGAGAAAGAAGGAAUCCCAGAAAAUGUGGCUGAGGAGUGUGAGAAUGAGCUGCGAAGACUAGGAUCAAGAAACGGAGGACGAGAUGCCAGAGUGGCUGCACAGUUGGGGAAGACCAUUUUGUGAGUGAAUCUGCCGCAAAUCGAACACAAUCACCUCUUUUCAGAUCUCCGUUACUCGAAGACUCGGUUGUUUCCUGGCUGAAUUCUCUUCCAGUUGACGCCAAAUGGGAUCUGUCUCUGCCACGUGGCGUCGGGGAAAAACUUCUGCUGAGAGCAGCCGUCAAAAUGCUCGGCUCCCCUUACGACGCUCCGAAGCAAGCGAUGCAGUUUGGGUCGAGAAUGGCGAAAAUGAGCAAUAACGGAAACAGUUCGAUCAAGGGCAGUGAUAAAUCGCCUCAUCUGACGGUUGUGUAA